CCCGUUCCGGAAGAGCCCGCCCCGGGCAUGCAAUGUUGCUCUCCGCGUGUUUCCGUACGGUGCUGCGCGCUCUGAUGUAGGAAGGUGUGGGCUUCGCGGCGCAGAGACCUAAACAUGGCUGACUUUGAAGAAAGUUUCCCUCGAGGGGGUACGAGAAAGACCCCCAAAUCAGAAAAAGCGCCUCAGCGGUCAGUGGAACAAGACAACUUAUUUGAUGUGCCUAAUGAAGAGGAACCCACCAAAAGGAAAAAGAGCCAAAAGGGCCCAGCACAGGCAAAGAAGCUGAAAAUUGAAAAGCGAGAAAGCAGCAAGCCUGUGAAAGAGAAGUUUGAACUCCUUGGCCUUAAGACGCUGUGUGAAGGGAUGCGUAUUUUGGGUUGUGUAAAGGAGGUAAAGCAGCUGGAACUGGUGGUCAGUCUCCCGAAUGGCCUCCAGGGGUUUGUGCAAGUCACCGAAAUCUGUGAUGCUUACACCAAAAAGCUGAGCGAGCAGGUGGCACAAGAAGAACCGCUGAAGGAAGUGGCCAGCUUGCCUGAACUCUUCUCUCCUGGGAUGCUGGUCCGAUGUGUGGUGAGCAGUCUGGGCACCACAGAGAGAGGCAAAAAGACUGUCAAACUAUCGCUGAACCCCAAGAAAGUCAACGACGUGCUGAGUGCGGACACCCUGAAGCCUGGCAUGCUGCUCACAGGCACUGUGUCCAGCUUGGAAGACCAUGGCUACCUGGUAGACAUUGGUGUUGCUGGAGCAAGAGCUUUUCUGCCCCUGAAGAAAGUCCGGGAGAAGAACAAAGGUGCCAAGCUGCAGGUGGGUCAGUACCUAAACUGCACGAUCGAAGAGGUGAAGGGCAAUGGAGGAGUCGUCCGGCUCUCUGUGGGCCAUGCCGAGGGCUCUGCAGCCCUUGCUACUGAGGAGCAAAACUGGACCCUCAACAACCUGCUGCCGGGACUGGUGGUCAGAGCCCAGGUGCAGAAGGUGACCCCACUUGGCCUUACGCUGAAGUUCCUCUCGUUAUUUACUGGCCUGGUUGACUUCAUGCACCUGGAUCCCAAGAAAGCGGGGACAUAUUUCUCGAAUCAGACGGUAAGGGCCUGUGUCCUUGCUGUCCAUCCCCGGACCAGAGAGGUGCGGCUCAGCCUGCGUCCCGUCUUCCUGCAGCCCGGGCGCCCACUCUCGCGCCUGUCCUGCCAGAACCUGGGCGCCGUGCUGGAGGACGUGCCUGCUCAAGGCUUCUUCCACAAGGCGGGCGCCACCUUCAGCCUGAAGGACGGCUCUCUGGCCUACGCCCGGCUCGGCCAUCUCUCCAAUUCCAAGAAGGGCUUUAAUCCUGAAGCCUUCAAGCCAGGGAACCUGCACAAAUGCCGCAUCAUCGACUACAGCCCGAUGGACGAGCUGGUUUUCCUCUCUCUGCGCACGUCUGUGAUUGAGGCGCAGUACCUUACGUAUCACAGCAUCAGACCAGGGGAAUUGGUAAAGGGCACGGUGCUGUCCAUGAAGCCGUUUGGGAUGCUGGUGGAGCUGAGCAAGCAAAUUAGAGGUCUGGUUCCUACCCUGCACCUGGCUGAUGUCCUGAUGAAGAACCCAGAGAAGAAGUACCGGGUUGGCAAGGAUGUCAAGUGCCGGGUCUUGCUGUGCAACCCGGAUGCCAAGAAGCUGUUGAUCACCUUGAAGAAAACCCUGGUGGAAUCCAAGCUGCCAGCCAUCACCUGCUAUGCCGAUGCCAAGCCGGGGCUGCAGACACACGGCUUCAUCCUCAAGGUCAAGAACUACGGCUGCAUCGUCAGGUUCUACAACGACGUGCAGGGCUUGGUGCCCAGGCAGGAGCUCAGUGCUGAGUACAUCCCGGACCCCGAGCGGGUCUUCUGCCCCGGCCAGGUCGUGAAGGUGACCGUGCUGAACUGCGAGCCCACCAAAGAGAGGAUGCUCCUGUCCCUCCGGACGCAGGGUGACCCCGACAAAGAGCCCGCGGGAUCCAGUCAGAAAAAGAAAUCUGUCAGCGCGGGUCAGCUGGUGGAUGUGAAGGUUCUCGAGAAAACCCCAGACGGGCUGGAGGUGGCUGUCCUGCCCCACAACACCCGGGGUUUUCUCCCCAUGUCGCACCUCUCGGACCACGUCUCCAACGGGCCCUUGUUGCAUCACUGGCUCCAGGAAGGCGACACGCUUCACAAAGUCCUGUGCCUGAGCCAGACGGAGGGGCAGGUCCUCCUCUGCAGGAAGCCGGCCUUGGUCUCCACUGCUGAAGGCGACCAGAACCCCAAGAGCUUUGCAGAAAUCCACCCUGGGAUGCUGCUCAUCGGCUUCGUGAAGUGCAUCAAGGACUACGGGGUGUUUGUCCAGUUCCCCUCGGGCCUCAGUGGACUGGCCCCCAAAGCUAUCAUGAGCGACAAGUUUGUGACCACCACAAGUGACCACUUUGUGGAGGGGCAGACAGUGGUCGCCAAGGUGACCAACGUGGAUGAGGAGAAGCAGCGGAUGCUGCUGUCGCUGCGGCUGUCGGACUGUUCCCUGGGGGACCGGGCCGCCACCAGCCUGCUCCUGCUCAGCCAGUGCCUGGAGGAGCAUCAGGGAGUGCGCUGCCUCAUGAGCAACCGAGACUCUGUGCUGAUCCAGACGCUGGCCCAGAUGACCCCGGGGAUGGUCCUCGACCUGGAGGUGCAGGAGGUACUGGAAGAUGGCUCUGUGGUGUUCAGUGAGGGCCCGGUGGCGGGCCUGGUGCUGCGGGCCAGUCGAUACCAUCGGGCAGGACAGGACGUGGAGUCUGGGCAGAAGAAGAAGGCCGUGGUCCUCAGCGUGGACCUGCUGAAGUUGGAAGUGCACGUUUCCCUGCUGCCGGAUCUGCUGAACCAGAAGGCGAAGAAGCUGAAGAAAGGCAGCAGGCACCAGGCCGUCGUGCAGCACCUGGAGGAGUCCUUCGCUGUGGCCUCCUUGGUGGGGACCGGCCAGCUGGCCGCUUUCUCCCUGACCUCUCACCUCAACGACACCUUCCACUUUGACUCGGAGAAGCUACAGGUGGGCCAGGGGGUGUCCCUGACCCUCAAGACCACGCAGCCCGGAGUCACGGGCCUCCUCCUGGCCGUCGAGGGGCCGGUUGCCACGCGGACCCUGGCCCAGCCCCGGAAGGACUCUGAGACGGUGGAUGAAGACGAGGAGCUGGACCCGGCGCUGGCUGCGAACGCCGGGAGGCAGCAUGCCCUGUCCAUCGGGGAUGUGGUCACGGGGACCGUGAAGUCGGUGAAGCCCACCCAUGUGGUGGUGAGCCUGCAGGACGGUGUCGUCGGCUCUCUCCACGCCUCCCAGGUGCUGGAUGACGUGCCGGCCGGCACCCUGCCCACCGCCAGCUUCAAAGUGGGGAAGAGAAUCAGGGUUCGAGUGAUUGGCGGACGAGACGUGAAGACGCACAGGUAUCUCCCAAUAAGCCAUCCCAGAUUCAUUCGAACCAUCCCAGAGCUGAGUGCUCGGCCAAGUGAGCUGGAGAAGGAUGGCUGCACCGCUCUCAACACUGACUCCAUCAGCGCCCUGGAGAAGCUCCAGCAGUACCAGGCGGGUCAGACCGUGACCUGCUUCUUGAGGAAGUUCAACAUGGUCAAGAAAUGGCUUGAGGUGGAAAUCACGCCCAACCUCCGGGGGAGAAUCCCCCUGCUGCUCACUUCUCUCAGCCUGAAGGUCCUGAAACACCCAGAUAAGACGUUCCGGAUUGGCCAGGCCCUGAAGGCCACUGUGGUUGGCUCUGACUCCUCCAGGGCCUUCCUGUGUCUCUCACUCAUAGGUCCUCACAAGCUGGAGGAGGGGGACGUGGCCAUGGGCCGGGUGACGAAGGUGACGCCCCCGGAGGGGCUGACCGUCUCCUUCCCCUUCGGAAGGACGGGGAGUGUCAGCAUCUUCCACGUGAGCGACGCCUACCAGGAGACGCCCCUGGAGAGCUUCACCCCCCAGCAGAUUGUCAGGUGUUACAUCCUGUCCUCGACGGGCCCCGAGUUGACGCUGUCACUGCGAUCAUCCAGGACAAACCCUGAGACCAAAAGCAAAAUAGCAGAUCCUGAGAUCAACUCCAUCCAGGACCUCCAGAAGGGGCAGCUCGUGAGGGGCUACGUGAAAGCCAUGCAGCCUCAGGGUGUGCUCCUGAGCCUGGGGCCGUCCGUGGUAGGUUUGGCCCAGCACCCACACGUCUCCCAGCACAGCCCGUCCCACACGGAACUGUGUCACAAACACCUUCCAGAAGGGAAGCUGCUCACGGCCAGGGUCCUGAGCCUGAACCACCAGAAGGGCCAGGUGGGCCUGUCCCUGCUGCCCCGCGACACCGGGAAGCCCGACGUGUUCACCGCCACCCCGGGUCUGCCCCUUCCUGGGGCGCAGGAGAGGGAGCGGAGCGGAGGGGACACAGAGCAGAAAACCCCCAAGAGGAAGAAGAAGCAGCGGCCCAGCAAGGAGGAGAAAGAGCCCCCCAAACCGCAGGCGCGGGGCAAGCGGGGAUGCCCGGAGCCAGACGGACAGCAGGAAGCAGUGCUGAAGAAGCAGAAGAAGGCUGCUCCGGCUGAGGAGGAGGACAGUGGAGUGGAUGUGUACUACCGGGAGGGGGAUGAUGAGAUGAGCAGCGUGCCCCAGGAGAAGCCAGCCGGGCCUGCAGAGGUGCCCCGGCUACAGCUGGCUACUGGCUUCCUGUGGGACGUGGGGCUGGACUCGCUGACCCCGGCCUUACCACCCCGAGCAGAGAGCUCCGAUAGCGAGGAGGAGGCAGAGCCGCGGCCGGCCACGCAGAAGAGCAAGAAGGAGCGGGCGCAGGAGAAGCGGCAGGCGGAGAAGGAGCUGGCGCGCCUGGAGGACGCGCUCAUGGACCCGGGCCGGCAGCCUGAGUGCGCCGACGACUUCGACCGCCUGGUGCUCAGCUCCCCCAACAGCUCCAUCCUGUGGGUGCAGUACAUGGCCUUCCACCUACAGGCCACGGAGAUCGAGAAGGCCCGGGCUGUGGCUGAGAGGGCGCUCAAGACCAUCUCGUUCAGGGAGGAGCAGGAGAAGCUGAACGUGUGGGUGGCUCUGCUGAACCUGGAGAACAUGUAUGGCUCUCGGGAGGCCCUGGAGAAGGUGUUCGAGCGGGCCGUGCAGUACAACGAGCCCCUCAAGGUCUUCUUCCACCUGGCGGACAUCUACACCAAGUCGGAGAAGUUUCAGGAAGCCGGUGACCUGUACAACCGGAUGCUGAAGCGAUUUCGGCAGGAGAAAAACGUCUGGAUCAAAUACGGGGGCUUUCUCCUGCGGAGGGGCCAGGCUGGGGCCAGCCACCGCACCAUGCAGCGCGCCCUGGAGUGCCUGCCCGCCAAGGAGCAUGUGGAUGUGAUUGUCAAGUUCGCCCAGCUCGAGUUCCAGCUGGGAGACGCUGAGCGGGCCAAGGCCAUGUUCGAGAAUACGCUGAGCAUGUACCCGAAGCGCACAGACGUCUGGUCGGUCUACAUCGACAUGACCAUCAAGCACGGCAGCCAGAAGGACGUGCGGAACAUCUUCGAGCGGGUCAUUCACCUGAGCCUGGCCCCCAAGCGCAUGAAAUUCUUCUUCAAGCGCUACCUGGACUACGAGAAGCAGCACGGCACUGAGGCGGCCGUGCAGGCCGUGAAAGCCAAGGCACUGGAGUAUGUGGAGGCCAGGAGUGCCAUGCCGGAGGACUGAGCCGGGCGGGGCCGGCGGCACUGCACACUCAGACUUAAGG